CUUGGAAUUGAAGGCAUCCGAAUACACGUUUUAGUCUUCAAUCUCGAUAAUCGAAAAGCUCAAUCAUCUAUUUUUUUCCCCAAAAAAUCUCAAUCGUCAUCUUCAUCCCCAUUCUCUCCGUUACUCACUGCGAUCUAUGGCGUCUGGUUCAGCAGGUCGCCCCAAUUCCUCCCCUAAAUCCUUUGAUUUUGGUUCUGAUGAUAUCCUUUGCUCUUUUGAAGACUACGGUAAACAGGACCCUUCAAACGGUAGCCUCAGCGAUCCCGUUUCCGUUAACAAUCCUGGCAAGGAUUUUCACAAGGGUAGAAUGUCUACAGUAUUCCCUGCUUCUGGCUAUGGUCAAGCAGAUGAUACCAUUAGUCAAAAUGUGAUUUCCACGGUUGAGAACAGCAUGAAAAAGCAUUCUGAUAACCUUUUGCGCUUUCUUGAGGGAAUAAGUUCACGCCUAUCACAACUUGAACUCUAUUGCUACAACCUUGAUAAAUCCGUUGGAGAAAUGCGGUCUGAAUUAGCUCGUGACCAUGAAGAAGCAGAUUCAAAGCUUAAAUCUCUUGAGAAGCAUGUUCAAGAGGUCCACAGGUCUGUACAGAUUAUAAGAGACAAGCAAGAACUCGCUGAGACUCAGAAAGACUUGGCUAAACUUCAGGUCUCGCAGAAAGAGCCAUCUUCAACAAACCAUUCACAGUCUAAUGAGGAGAGGGCUUCUUCAGUUGCCUCGGAUCCUAAAAAGAAGGAAAAUUCAUCUGAGAUUCACAACCAGCAAUUAGCUUUGGCUUUGCCACAUCAGAUCGUCCCACAGCAAAAUCCUAUAACACCACCUUCAGCAGCUUUGCCUCAGAACAUGCCUCAACAACAACAAUCUUACUACAUCUCUCAAUCCCAAUUGCCCGGUCAACCACCCCAUAUCCAGCAUGCUCAGAGCCAAUAUAUCCCAUCUGAUUCCCAACACCGGGCAUCACAACCUCAAGAUGUUUCACAGAUGUCCAAUCCACAGCUAAGUCAAACUCCACCACAGCCAUUCAACCAAUAUCAACAACAAUGGGCGCAACCACCAUCUCAGCAGCCACAACCUCCUCAACAGCCUUCUAUGCAACAAAUCAGACCGCCUCCCCCUUCAGUGUACCCUUCUACUUAUCCACCACCAAAUCAACCAACUUCUAUGCCUGAGACACUGCCAAGCAGCAUGCCCAUGCAAAUGUCUUUUCCAUCUAUUCCUCAACCUGGUUCAAGCCGUGUGGAUGCAGGGCCUUAUGGGUAUGCUGCCGGAAGUGGUGGUUCUGCUCCACAACAACCUCCUCAAGUGAAAAAUGCUUAUGGUCCACCAACAGGUGAGGGAUAUAUGCCUCCUGGACAACAAUCUGGAGGAGCAUAUAUGAUGUAUGAUAGGGAAAGCGGAAGACCGCCACACCAUCCGCCUCAACAAACGCACUUCAAUCAAAGUGGAUAUCCUCUGGCCAAUGCACCUCAUCAGGUUCCUCCUCAAGCACCAGCAGGCCCCCAUGUUUCAGCUAGGAAUCCAAGUCAUUCACAUCUAAUCGAAAAAUUAGUUGGCAUGGGUUUCAGGGGUGACCAUGUUGCAAGUAUAAUCCAGAGAAUGGAAGACAGUGGCCAACCUGUUGACUUCAACGCUGUUCUUGACAGGUUGAGUUCUCCUUCAGGUCCAGGUCCACAGAGAGCUUGGUGAAGAGUAAUUUAAUCAUCCCGUCUGCGGCCGAUUGGCCAUGACCAGCCUCAUACAUUGCGUCUUUUUAAUGCAUUGAAUAAAAUACUGGUUUAUGAUUUAAUUGUCCUCCGUAUAUAUUUUGUUAUGGUUUGUGAGAUUUUAAAACGUCGGCUGUAUGAUUUAAACUUCGUGUGAAUAUCAUCUUCUACUUCCAAAUUCCAAUCUUUCUAUAUUCCCAUUUAUGUUUAUCUGCACCUUUUGAA